AGUAAAAACCACACUCCCCACCAUCUCCCCAGUCCCCAGUCAAUGUCUCUUCGCCACUUGGAGAGCUUUUGCUUACUCAUCGGAAGCUUCCGAGCGAGCUGAGCUACACCCAAAUCCCUUUCUCUCUCUCUCUCUCUUUCUGGCGACGACACUCCUUCGGUCUCUCAGAUUCUCAAUGGCUGCCGCCACCAUCGCCUUCACCGCCGCCGGAGCUCCAGCGAAACUCGCCCGAUUCUCUCGCAUCCAUCUCUGCCCCCCGCUCUCUGCCUCUCUCCGAUCGCCUCGCCGAUUCACAACCUCCUCCUUUUCCUCUGGAGUGAGAGCUGAGGUUGCAGCGGUUGAGAAAUCGAGUGUAGACGUUGCUCGGAAUGUGGAAGGUCCUGUUGUUGUCGUCACCGGAGCUUCUAGAGGCAUCGGCAAGGCCAUUGCUUUGACUCUCGGCAAAGCUGGUUGUAAGGUCCUCAUAAAUUAUGCAAGGGCAUCAAAGGAGGCUGAAGAAGUUUCCAAGGAGAUUGAGGCAUGUGGCGGUCAAGCUCUUACUUUUGGGGGUGACGUUUCAAAAGAAGAAGAUGUAGAAUCAAUGAUUAAAACUGUGGUUGACGCAUGGGGAACAGUUGAUGUCUUGAUAAAUAAUGCAGGAAUAACACGUGAUGGGUUAUUGAUGAGAAUGAAAAAGUCCCAAUGGCAGGAGGUUAUUGAUCUGAAUCUUACUGGAAUAUUUCUCUGCACACAGGCUGCAGCCAAGAUUAUGAUGAAAAAGAGGAAGGGAAGAAUAAUCAAUAUAGCAUCUGUUGUUGGUCUGGUUGGCAAUGCUGGACAAGCCAACUACAGUGCUGCAAAAGCCGGGGUAAUUGGCUUUACAAAGAGUGUUGCAAAGGAAUAUGCAAGCAGGAACAUUAAUGUUAAUGCUGUGGCUCCAGGGUUUAUUGCCUCUGAUAUGACUGCCAAGCUUGGAGAAGACAUAGAGAAGAAAAUCUUGGGGACUAUCCCCUUAGGGCGAUAUGGCCAACCUGAAGAAGUUGCUGGAAUGGUGGAAUUCUUGGCACUUAAUCCAGCUGCCAGCUACAUUACUGGGCAGGUCUUUACUGUUGAUGGAGGAAUGGUGAUGUAGAUGGCCGAGUCCCAAACUCUAGAGUCUUGCCAGCUUCAUCUCGCUGAAAAAACGCCUGCUAAUCAAAAUUUUAUCUUGGAUAUCUUGUGGUUUGUAGCAGUAAUUGAGGAGCGGAAUAGAAAAAUUUUGUUUGUGUUUGUGUGU